GGCUGGCUCUCGACCACUCGAUUCAGUGUUCCAGGCGGGCCUUCCGUUUGACGUUGCAACACAAUCCAUGGCUCAUCGAGUCAAGCUUCCUCCGUCUUCUAGACGUAAUCGACUAUAUGGACUGGUCCAGGCUUUCAGGCUUUUGAUCUUCUGACUGCAAGACUUGAUACAGAAAGGUGAAGGCUCCACGGAUAUAUAUUCAACGGUUACCCGGAUAUUUUUCUCCAGAUGUUUCAAGAUGAGCUAACCACUGUAAUCACUCACGAUGCCGGUUGAAGAUUAUGGCGUCUGGAAAGCGCAUCCUGUUUACCAUGUAGUGGAGCGUCGAAAAGACGAUCUCAAAUCACCGCACCUCUCUCUGUACUUUCAUGAUCUCGACACUGGCACACCACGAUAUGAUUCGACCUUCACCCGCGAAGACAAAGAAAUCCAAGGCUUGUAUCGAGCCACGAUCAACAUAAAGUCUGGCCUUGGAGACCCUCAUGAUUCCCGUCUGGUCUACUGGGUAAACCACCAGAUCGACCAAAAUCCUCUCGCCGACGAGCUGGCCGAGCUGAAAUAUGGAUUUCACCGAGGGACAGACCAGAUGCAAAACGAGUGCUCAUUGGAUUACAUCCGAAACAGCCUAUUCAACACAAGCGACGGCCGACUCCUUCCUCACGAGGUAGCCGGGCAAUUCAACGAUAUAAUUGACGUUCUCGAGCCGAACAUCCAGCAGGCCAUCCUUGAAAAUGCAGAUGUAUACCUAUUCGGCUCCCGAUACAACAACGGCAAAGCCAUGCACAAGAUGCACAUGAACCAAGGCAACAUACGCAAGUACCGAUGGGACGAUGGGGUCUUCCAAGACGGCGGGCUCAUCAUCCACUUCCAACGAACAAACUUAUGGAUCGGCUUCUUCAUCGGCUUCGCCUCGCAGGCCGUACACACCAACGAUCAAACAGGGCACGCAAUCACCGGCGUGAUGUGGAGCGACUUUUUGCGUCCGGAUAUCAUCGAGGAGUCCGUUGUCAUCCACGAGGCUUACGUUAACCCUGCGAAUUCAACCCCGAGGUCGGUUACACUGUCCAAUAAGACGAAUCGAGCGGUUUCCCUGGAUCACUGGACGAUCCGCAACAAGGCGGGUGAUAUUCAGAUUCUUCCGGAUAAUGUGUCGCUACGGCCGAGGAUUGACCAGCCGUUUCAUCUCCCGGACUGUCCACUAUCCGACCAUGGCGAUACGAUCAUCCUGGCAAAUGAGCAGGGAAUGAAAAUUGAUGGGGUGAGCUACAGCUCGAAGCAAGCUGGGAUUAAAGGACGUCCGAUUGUUUUUGCACAUUAACGUACCAAAUCUGGAGCGGGGGAGUUGGAAAGCGGGAAAAUGUUGUAUUUAAUAUCCAUGAUCAAUGUAAUAACUUUCUUCACC